GCCACUCUCUACACUCUUAUCCAGUUCGGAGCUUCAAGCAUGCACAUCUGCAUCUUUGGCAUGCUCUUGUGCUGUGCCUCAGUGGCUCUAACGGCAUUUAAUGUGUCAGAAGAGCAUGGUCCUUGUCCUCUCGGUUAUUUCCCCUGUGGGAAUCUGAGCUCCUGCCUGCCACAGCUGUUGCACUGUAAUGGAGUUGACGACUGUGGAAACCAGGCAGACGAGGAUAACUGUGGAGACAACAAUGGCUGGCCUCAUUUGUUUGACAAAUACUUUGGGAUGCCCAGUAAAGACGCUGGAACCAAGUCAACCACAUGUCUACUUGGGCUCGUACCAGCCGAGUGUCAGUGCAGGGAUUUGGAGCUCGACUGCAACGGUGCUCACUUUAAAGACGUCCCUGCGGUAUCUACGAACGUCACCAUGAUGUCUUUGCAAAGGAACCGGUUGAGGAAACUGAACGCUGACAUGUUCAUUAAGUACCAAAAUCUUCAGAAGCUAUACCUACAGCACAAUCGCAUCAAAGUGGUUGAACCCUACGCGUUCCGAGGCCUUUACAACCUGACGCGGCUGUAUUUGAGCCACAAUCGAAUCUCUAGCCUAAUGCCAGGCGUAUUUCAGGACCUGCACAAACUGGAAUGGCUGAUUCUGGAAAACAACAAAAUCCACCAUAUUUCCUCUCUGACCUUUUCAGGCUUGAGCUCUCUCGUGCUGCUGGUUCUUUUGAACAACGCUCUGACAAAUGUGGAUGAUAUAUGCCUGGAGAUGCCACGAUUAAAUUGGCUAGAUAUGGAAGAGAAUCAGAUGGAGGUUGUGGACAAUAGAACAUUCUGGUCCUGUAGCAUGCUUACCGUGCUAGUCCUUCAGAGGAACAGGAUCAGUCAUAUCCAUGAGCAAGCGUUCUCUCUGCUGCGCAAGCUGGGCGAGCUGUACGUUCCAGACUUAUCCAGUAACAGAAUCGAGAAAAUCUCACCGGAUCUUUUCGUAAAUCUUGGAGACUUGCUGCAGCUGAAUAUUUCAUACAACCCAAUUCAGGAGCUUCAAGUGGACCAUUUCGACAAACUGCACAAACUGAAGUCAUUGAGCAUCGAGGGUAUCGAGAUUGGGAACAUUCACAGGAGGAUGUUUGAACCUCUGAAAAACCUCACACAUAUCUAUUUUAAAAAGUUCCAGUAUUGUGGCUAUGCUCCUCACGUACGCAGCUGCAAGCCCAACACAGAUGGCAUCUCAUCAUUUGAGGACCUUCUGGCCAACAUUGUGCUGCGUGUCUUUGUCUGGGUCGUGUCUGCCACCACCUGCUUUGGCAACAUUUUCGUCAUCUGCAUGCGCUCGUACAUCCGCUCAGAGAACAAGCUUCAUGCCAUGUGCAUCAUUUCCCUUUGCUGUGCUGAUGGUUUGAUGGGUGUCUACUUGUUUGUGAUCGGGGCGUACGACCUGAAGUUCCGCGGCGAGUAUAACCGCCAUGCACAGGCCUGGAUGGACAGCUUGCCCUGUCAGGUGGUAGGCUCUCUGGCCAUGCUAUCCACCGAGGUCUCUGUUCUGCUCCUCACCUACCUCACCUUGGAGAAAUACAUCUGCAUCGUCUACCCGUUCCGCUACCUGGCGCCCGGGCGCAGGCGCACCGUCACCAUCCUGGUGGCCAUCUGGAUCCUGGGCUUCAUCAUCGCUUUCUUGCCUCUGGUGUGUAAAGGAGUGUUCAGGAACUUCUACGGGACCAAUGGGGUUUGUUUUCCUUUGCACUCUGAGCAGCCCGAGACUGCAGGAGCUCAGAUCUACUCCAUCGUCAUCUUUCUGGGCCUGAACCUCGUGGCGUUCCUCAUCAUCGUGUUGUCUUACGGAAGCAUGUUUUACAACAUCCAGAGAACAGGGACUCAAACAACCAAAUACAGCAAUCACAUCAAGAAAGAGCUCACCGUGGCCAAACGCUUCUUCUCCAUCGUUAUCACCGAUUCCCUGUGCUGGAUACCAAUUUUCAUCCUCAAGAUCUUAUCCCUCAUGGAGGUUGAAAUCCCAGGAACCAUCAGCUCAUGGGUGGUUAUCUUCAUCCUGCCCAUAAACAGUGCUCUAAAUCCCAUUCUCUACACUCUGACCACACGGCCCUUCAAGGAGACCCUGCUGCAAGUCUGGACCAACUACAGGCAGCGUCGGCCAUUGCUCAGCAGUCACCCGGCCCAUCAUCCUUCCUUUACUUGGCAGGAAAUGUGGCCUCUGCAUGAAAAUAGCCAGAAUGUAGUGUCUCCAGAGUACCUGGCACAUCCAUCUGAGAUGUCCUGCACCUCAAGGACUUCCUAGCUGCAACCCAUGGACAAGCGAAACAGGGCAUGAAAUGUUACACAGGGAUCCUGCUCAGCCUUGGGCCCAUUCCUGGGAAAAACACAUUUGUUUGUGUGUUUAUUAACGCAUACAUCCAUGAUCGUACAUUCAUACUACCGAGUGACAAAGCAGCAGGCCUCCAUUCAUUUCCUAUGGAAGUGUGUGACUCGGAGCGGUUUUUGGAGUGUGAAAUGAAAUCGAGCAUUUCUCAGUUUUAUGCAGCAUCACGUAUGAUGUGUCCAAACUAUCGGAUCCACAGUCUCCCAGGUUCCCAACAUAACUUUCCUAACAUAAUCUCUGUAUGCACUUGCCUCCUGUGAACUUCAAAGUCAAGCAGACUUGGCAGAGAUUACAGAAAAAUGGAAACGCCAUUCUGUUCCAGUUUUAGUAGCCAUUUUGUUGCUUAAUAAUAAUGUGCAAAAUAUGGCUUGUGUCCUAAAUAUCGCUAACUGUGUCCUAAAUAUCGCUAACUGUGUGCUGAAUAUCGCUAACUGUGUGCUGAAUAUCGCUAACUGUGUGCUGAAUAUCGCCAAUUAGUCCAUUUGUGGAGUGAGAAUUCACAUGAUUGUGUAAUAUGGUUUCUGUCUAAGCCCUUUCUUUUCUUUAUAAAUACAAAUAAGGUUCAUAACCCCCCCCCCCCCCCCCCCCCCAUCCACAUCGUCAACAAAUAGCUUGAAGUGGAUUUUGUUUUACUUUUGUACAAACAAGAAAAACAGUACCACCAACGUCUGGGGCUGAUUUAUUUCUAGCCCAGACUCAGACGGUAAAUUCAUGCACUCAGUCGUGUCAAGUGCUUACAUUUAUUUAAGCCCAGUUCGCUGUCACAUCCAUAACAACAGUGAUUGAGAAGGCAAGAAUGGAGAAUAAACAUGAAUGAGGUGAAUUACCUUCUCGAUAAUCCUUGUUUGUUUGUUGUUUUUAUUUUCUUUCAAAAUGCCUUUCGAUAAGCUGGAAAUAACGUCGUCCAUUUUAAUUCCAUGGGGCAAAAAGUCCAUUGUGUACCUUGACUUGAACAAACGAGCUGUCUAAUUGCUUUUCUGUUUGCUAUUCAGAAGAGGCACUGCAUAAUUAUGUUCCUAAAACAAUUAAGAAGUACAAACACUGCUGUCUGUCUGUCUUACCAACAAUGUGUUCCUGUGUAUAUGUGUAAUAGGCUUCUUCUGACAAUGAGACCUGAUACUAAAAGACUUAACUUUGAUGGUGUUAUAAUAGUAAGGGCGAGUUACUGAUAAGUCGUAGAAUAUUUUUUGUUGUUGUUGUUUAAAAUGCUUUUAAAAUGAUCAAGAAAACUGAACAUAGAAAGUAUUUUUUUUUGUUUUCAUACCCCGUUAAGAACCCUGUAGUACUGUAUGUGUUUAAUAUGAAAUAUUUCUAAACGAAUUCCAUUCCAAACAACAUGAAGAAACCAAUUAAAAGAACGUAACAUGUCAAUCAAAUGUAUUCAAAC